AUGGACUACCGUGGAGAAGUUGAACGAGAAUCCAGAGGUGAAAACAUUAAAUAUUUGUGUUGUAUUGUGAUUAGUGUUAUCACGAGCUUUUGUGCCUAUCAUCUGUACUCGCAGAACAAUAAUCAAGCGGACCAGAUAUCCGAUUUGCAACGAAAUUUGGAAGAUCUAAUGAAACAUAUAUUUUCACCAUAUGGAGUUUCAUCAGAAGAAUCUACAAGCAGUAACCAGCAUCAUAUUACUAAUCGCAACUUUCGAGGCCAAGUGAUAACUGAAAUUCAAGAAGCUCGAAAAAUUAUAGACGUUUUGCAGACCCGUGUGGAUUUCCUGGAAAAGAUCAAUUUCGACCAAUUCGGAAGAACCGAUUACGCCUCGGCUGACCUGGGUGGUAGAGUGAUCAGUGUGAUUCCAAGUCAGAGGAGUUCUCAGAUAUGGUCUUUCAUUGAGCGCGGGUUGGGUAUAGGCAGAUUUAAAGUGACGAACAAACAUUGCUGUAUCAUUCAGAAUGACUGCACAGGAAAUUGUCAAGCAUUUUAUGGGUCAUCAGCUGUUAUAGUAAUUAAGCUUAUGGGGAAAGUUUUAAUAGAUGGUGUAACAGUGGAGCACACACCCAGAAGUCCUAUUUCUGACUUGUCUAGUCAAAGUGCUAUGAAGAAAUUUUCAAUAUGGGGAACAAAUUCAGAUUCCACAGGUUCUGACGAUUUUUUCUUUGGAAAUUUUGAAUUUGACGUUCUAGCAGAUUUUUUAGAAACAUACAAUUUUACUUCAAUGUCAUCGGUAGCAUAUCAAAAGCUCAGGAUAAGUGUGCUGUCGAAUCAUGGAGCAGAUUAUACUUGUAUUUAUAGGGUACGAGUUCAUGGUACGCUGAUUCGUGAAUAA